GUAACUCUCUCUCUCUCUCUCUCUCUCUCUCUCUCUCUCUCUCUCUCUCUCUCCAUUUUGUUCUUCUUUGAGCUUACAUUGUUGCUGAUAUUUUUCUAAGUUGAAAAUAAUGAAGUUCGAUAUGCGAUUUUCAUUUUCAUUUUUGUUCUGUUGUCUAAUAGCAUGUUGGUGAUUUUCGUUUCUAAGAUUUUUCUGCUUUGAAAAUCAUGAAGUUAGGUCAUUGUUGUGUUUCAUUUAGUGAUUUUUGCAAAUGUGGUUUAUGAUAUUAGUAAAAAAAUCUGUUAUUUGGUACUACUAGUGAGGGUUAAUUAAGAAAUUAGGGUUCAAAGUUGAAGUUGAACUGUAUUGACUUGAAAUAAAUGUUGCAUUGUGCAGGAACUGUAUGAUUCAAAUUUUAGUGCCUUUGGUAAUUAGAACUAUUCAAAUUUUAGUGCCAAUUAGUGACCAAUUUUAGUCUUUUGUUUGAUCAAAGUUUUUUCAACAAUUCAAAUUUCAAAAAUUAAAAACUAUGUCCAAUCUUCUCAAUUUUUAUUGAUAGAAGAUGACCUUUUCAAGAUUUUAUAUAGGAUACAUGACCAUUGUGUGUCCUUUAAGAUUUAAAUUUUGAAUUAUAAUUGGAGAGUCGUAAGAAAAAGAUAGAAAAGUCCCAUAUAAGGUCUGUCUUUUAAGAUUUUAAUUACAAAAUAUAUGGACACUUAAUGCUUAGUUAAUUUUUGAGAUGGAAAAAUUUAUUUUACUUUUUUUGAAACGAGAUUGGAAAAUUAUUUUAUUUGUUAUAUUUAGCUUUGCUGCUGAAAACUGUAUGAUAGUACAAUUGUAGGUAGUGUGUGAAGAAACUUUAUUCAUUAAAUUGAGCCCCUAGUGCCAACUCAUUAAAUUGUAUCCCACAUUUGUUGGAAGAGUUGAUGUUGAGCAACAUAUAAGUGAGAGGACCCAUAAACCUAAUGCCUUAAGGUUUUGGGUGAAAGUGUGGUAUCAAAGUCAUUUGUAUGAUUGUUCUUAACCCAAUGCGUUGAUGCAACCCAGUGAGACUCCCCCUCAUGGCCCAACGCUUAGGCUAGAUUUUUACACAGGAUAGAGUAUCACCAUGAAUCAGUAAUGAACUACUACUGUUUUGGAACUAUCAAAUAGGUCCUCAUGUUGUGACUAAAUAUUUCAUUGGAUUCAUGAUAAGUUAAGUGCUUUCCAAAUAUAAAUAGUAGUAUUUUGUUCUAUGCAGUGCAAUUGGAAAGGUUCCUUGCUGCUAUGUAUUAAUUUCAAUACCGAAUUUUUCGUUUUUUACUGUUGUUAGAAUGGAGAGAAGUUUGUACUAGAAAUGUGGAAACUAUACUGAAUUUUGAUACUGUUGUUUGUCAUAUGUUUAUCAUGCCUUUUGUUUGGUUUUUACUGAAUUUCAGUUUAUUGUGAUACAAAAGUACUAUUUAAAAGAUUCAACUGUCACGGACAAGAGGGUGAAUUGUUUCUUUUUCUCAAACCAUUUUGAUUCAAGAACUUUUUCUCCAUUUCUGAUUCCAACUAUGAUUAUUAUUUUUGAAAUUUUCUAUCUUGAAUUCAAGAAAUAUAAUAAAAUCCCAUUUGUUUUUGCUAUAUUUUUCUGUGUUAGGUGGGGACAAAUGUUGAAACGGAUGAACAAUAACAAUGGCUUCUCAUGGCUGACAUAUGUAGUAAGGCAGAGGCACUACUCUAGAAUUCGGCCCCCAAGGUCCGUUUCUGUUGAUAAAGUAAUCAGAGUUUCUAACAACAUUGCUCGCUUGGAUGUGCCCAAAGAAGUUCCAAAACCCAGACAAUUACUAUCAUUGCCUCCUUUUCCUUGUCAUCCUUUGCCUGGCAAGAAUACAAUCAAUGCACAUGGACAGAGCGAUCGUGUUACUGCUGUCAACUGGAUUAAGUAUUACUUUAAGGGUGCGUCGGGUUCUGUCAUUGAGUCCCAUUUCAGGGAGGGUCUUGUGCAAAUGGAGGACCUAAUUACUGAUGACUCGUUCACUCAGAUGAAAGAGCUAAUGAAACCUAUGCGAAAGAUUAGACCCAAUGAAGUGAUUAAGCCUGGGGAUAGGGUUCAUGUCCCAGUAUCAAUUGCUGAAACCAGGAUUUCAAAAAGAUAUGAUGCUAUACCAAGUGGAACACUAUAUCCAAAUGCUGAUGAAAUUAAGUAUCUGCAGAGGCUUGUGAUUUACAAGGACUCCGCGAUAAUUAUGUUAAAUAAGCCUCCAAAAUUGCCAGUUAAGGGAAAUCUUCCAGUUCAUAAUAGCUUGGAUGCAUUGGCAGCUGCAGCACUGUCCUAUGAUUAUGAGGAGGGUCCCAAACUGGUCCACCGUCUUGACAGAGAGAGCAGUGGUAUCCUUUUAUUGGGGAGAACAAAAGAUAGUGUAUCUCACCUUCAAUGGUUAUUCAGUAACAUAAACAAUGCAAAAUCUUCUUGCAAGGCUUGGAAUGAUGCAUGUGAAACUACAUAUCAAAGAUAUUGGGCAUUGGUCAUAGGAACUCCCAAGGAGAAGGAGGGCAUAAUUCAUGCUCCUCUUUCUAAGGUGCUUAUGGACGAUGGGAAGACUGAGAGGGUAAUACUAGCUCACCAUUCAAGUAUAGAACCUCACCAAGAGGCUGUAACUGAGUAUCGGGUGCUUGGUCCAAAGAUAAACGGAUGCUCGUGGGUUGAGCUGCGUCCACUAACUUACCGGAAGCAUCAGUUGCGUGUCCAUUGCGCUGAGGCACUUGGGACACCGAUAGUGGGUGACUAUAAGUAUGGCUGGUUUGUGCACAGCUGAUGGAAACAAAUGGCGCGAGUUGAUAUCGAGCCAACAACCGGAAAACCAUACAAGUUGCGAAGACCAGUAGGCCUAGAUGUUCAGAAGGGAAGUGUUUUAUCGAAGGUCCCUCUAUUACAUCUCCACUGCAGAGAACUUGCACUACCCAACAUUGCUAAGUUUCUUCAUGUUUUAGAAAAUAGUUCAAAUGAACUUCACCCUUCACUUAGCCUGCAGCCUGAUAUUCUUCGCUUUGUAGCAACAAUGCCAAAUCAUAUGAGAAUUAGUUGGAAUCUUAUGUCAUCAUAUUUAGUUUGAGAAAAACUAUUAACUUAUGGAGAAAGAAAUAGAUGUCAGCUAAUAUUUUGAAGUUUCAUUUCUUUA